CGGCAGCUGGCUGCGAUACAGCUCCUCCCUCCUGUGUGGUGGCUUUCCCGACUAAAGAGAUCCUUGGACGUGAACAGUUUUGCUGAAAAGCACUUUCUCCCCUCCAAAGAAGCAGGCAGACCAACGGGGCGUCGGUUAUUCUAUACCGACCAGCGAGAAGGGAGUUGCGAGGUUGGAUGAGGUCUUCAGUCGUCUUUCACUCUCCUAAAUCUCUGUCAGAGAUGAAGACUUGGUUUGGCUUCUGCCCGGGGCUGCACUUCUCCAUGGCCAUCUGGGUGGUGAUAGCCGCCCAAACCCUCCAAAACGCCAAAGCGGAGAUAAGUUGCGCAUCUUGUGCGUCGCCAGUUCAACUUCAUGUGGGAGAAUUCAUGCUGGGUCCGAGCGCUGACCCAACAGAGGAGCCGCACACCCUGAAACCGAUCCGGAUAGAGUUCAGGGACCAAGAUGCCGAAGUGGACGCCCAACAUGAGACAGGCGAAUCUGGAGAGAACAUGCACCUAUUCCCCCAACAUGUCAGUUCAGAAGGAGUUGGCACAAAGAAAGAGGCAUCGGGGUCCCGUAAAUCUGAUCCCCGCGGCCGUGAUGGGGCAGGGGACACCGAGGAGAUUGAAGAUGCUGCCCCUCGGAGAGCGAAGAGAAGCGGUCCUGAGUUCAGUGACACCGGGCGGGCUGACAUGGACGUGGACGCGCCGGAGGAUUGGGGCUCACUGUUUGACGGACACAAGCAGGGCAGGUCCGGGCUCGGAUGGAACCGGGGUGAAGCGGGAGGGAAUAACCGGCGGGAUGAACCCAAGCUCAUCGGCACCACUUUCUCUCUGAGCGGGGACUCCGCGCACAACCACGCGGUGGUUUACUGGUCAGGACAGAACAGCAGCGUGAUCCUGAUCCUAACCAAGCUGUAUGACUUUCAUAUCGGCAGCGUCACUGAGAGCACUCUUUGGAGAUCUACUGACUAUGGCUCCACGUACCAGAGGAUGAACGACAAAGUCGGAUCCAAGACUGUCCUGAGUUACCUGUACGUCUGUCCAACUAACAAGAGAAAGAUCAUGGUGUUGACUGAUCCAGAGUUUGAGAGCAGCGUGCUCGUCAGCUCUGACGAGGGCGCCAGUUACCAGAAGUACCGCCUUACGUUCUACGUCCUCAGCCUUCUGUUCCACCCCACUGAAGAGGAUUGGGCCUUGGCCUACAGUCACGACCAAAAGUUGUACAGCUCGGUGGACUUUGGUAGGAAAUGGCAGAUCAUCCACGAACGCGUCACACCAAACCGAUUCUACUGGUCUGUCUCCGGCCUCGACAAGGAGCCAGAUCUGGUCCACAUGGAGGCUCACACACCAGAUGGAAAUGUGCAGUAUGUCACAUGCCGAGCCCAGAUGUGCACAGAUGUUAACAGGAACUACCCAUUCCCCGGAUACAUCGAUAUUAGCUCUUUGGUGGUUCAAGAUGACUACAUAUUCAUACAGGUUCCUACAUCGGGACGAGCAUCUUAUUAUGUAUCCUACAAGAGGGACUCGUUUAUACAGAUUAAACUGCCCAAAUAUUCCCUGCCUAAGGACCUGCACAUCGUCAGCACCGAUGAGAAGCAGGUAUUCGCAGCGGUGCAGGAGUGGAACCAGAACGACACCUAUAACCUCUACUUGUCUGAUACAAGAGGGAUCUACUUCACCUUGGCCAUGGAAAAUGUCAAGACCACUAGGGGCAUCGGAGGGAACCAGAUGCUGGAUCUGUACGAGGUCGCAGGAAUUAAAGGCAUGCUGAUUGCUAACAAGAGGCGAGACAACCAGGUCAAGACCUACAUGACCUACAAUAAAGGCCGGGAGUGGAGGCUCCUGCAGGCUCCUCCCACUGACCUGGAUGGCAACGACAUCCAUUGCAUACUGCCCUUCUGCUCACUUCAUCUCCAACUGCAGAUGUCCGAGAACCCGUACUUGUCAGGAACAAUCUCCACCAAGGCCACUGCACCGGGCAUCAUAGUCGCCACAGGAAAUAUUGGAGCGGAGCUGUCUUACAACAACGUUGGCAUGUUCAUAUCAUCUGAUGCUGGCAAUAGCUGGAGACAGAUAUUUGAAGAGGAACACAACGUUUGGUUUCUGGACAAAGGGGGGGCCAUCGUUGCUGUCAAACAGCCAUCUGUGCCAACCAGACACUUGUGGGUCAGCUUUGACGAGGGGAGGCAGUGGACCCAGCACACCUUCUCCUUGGUGCCUUUGUUCGUGGACGGUGUCCUGGUGGAGGCCGGGGCCGAAAACCAAAUCAUGACCUUUUUUGGACACUUCAGCCAUCGUUCUGAAUGGCAGCUCAUCAAGAUCGACUACAAGUCCAUUUUCAGCAGGAAAUGCACAGAGGAAGACUAUCAAACCUGGCACCUGCACAACCAGGGGGAGCCAUGUGUGAUGGGGCAAAAACAGAUUUACAUGAAGCGCAGGCCUGGAAACUACUGCAUGCUGGGAGAGGACUACUCCAGUAUCCUUUCAGCUGAGUCCUGUAUUUGUCGAGCUCAUGACUUUGAAUGUGAUUACGGAUAUGAGCGGCGCAGCGACGGGAACUGUCGGCCUUCCUUCUGGUUCAAUCCCUCCACUGUCUCCAGAAGCUGCAGCCAGGGUCAAAACUACCUCAACAGCACGGGGUAUCGCAAAGUGGUGUUGAACAACUGCACCAAAGGAGUUAAAGAAAUGUACACGGCAAGAAAGCAACAGUGCCCCAACAGACCUCCGAAAGGACUCAUGCUGACCAUCAAAGACGGCAAACUCACUGCCAACCUGGGCAGCAAUGUCACCUUCUUCGUUCAUCUGGAUGAGGGUGACUCUCUGCACACCAACAUCCAACUGGAUUUUGGUGAUGGCACAGCCGUCUCUUACUCCAACCUCAGCUGGACCGAGGAGGGGAUCAAACACAUUUACAAGUCUGCUGGAAUUUUCCGUGUCACAGCUUUGGCAGAGAACACACUGGGUUAUGAUUCUACAACACUUUUCCUGCACGUCACAUGUCCAGUGGAGCAUGUCCGGCUCAUCGCUCCCUUCGUGGUCAUAAAGAACAAGGAGGUGAACAUCACAGCAGUGGCAUUACCCAGCCACUCACGUACUGUCACUUACUUCUGGUGGCUCGACAACAAUACUGAGCCCGUGAUAACGUUAGACGCCAGCAUCUCACACACCUUCCCAAACGACGGGAUGCACACCGUCACCGUCCAAGUGGCUGCAGCCAACAGCUUACGACAAGACACCAAGACCAUAGCAGUCAGAGGAUUCUUCAAAUCUCUACUUUUAUCUUUCUCCCCUAAUCUGGAUGAGUUCAACCCCGACAUACCCGAGUGGAGACAGGAUGUGGGGAGAGUAAUUAAGAGGGCUUUGCUCCAAGUGUCUGACUUCCCAGAGGAUCAGCUGUUGGUAGCCGUGUUCCCAGGAGUUCCAACCGCUGCCGAGCUCUUCCUGUUACCUCACAACAACCAAUCACAGGGCAAGAAAAAGAGUGAGGAGGGACUUGAGCAGGUAUCCGAUAUAAUUGUAAGCGCGCUGAACCAGAAUCUGGUGGAGUUCGAGCUCAAGCCCGGUGUCAGGGUAAUUGUGUACAACACACAGUUAACGCUGGCACCGUUGGUGGAUUCUAACCCCAGACACAGCAGCUCGGCCAUGCUGAUGCUCCUCUCAGUGGUGUUCCUGGGCCUCGCUGUGUUCCUCAUCUACAAAUUCAAGAGAAAAAUACCUUGGAUAAAUAUAUAUGCUGAGGUGAACCAGGAGAAAGAGCAGGAGAUGAUUGGCUCGGUGGGCCAAGGCGACAUCACGCCUAAAAUCACACUGAGUGAGUUCUCCACAUCCAAAGAGCUCACGGAGAAAGAACUGGAUGCCAGGGUCAAACGAGGAGUUGGAACUGCCUGCGAGAGCACAAGGGAGAUACCAAACUGUACUAGUGUGUAAAGGCGUACAGCAGCAGAUUAUGUAAAGAGCAAAGUAUUAAAGUGUCGGGUUCUCUUUUUCUGUUUUGUAAUUCUCAACACAGCUGAUGUUAAUAGUUUUCUAAGGGACCUCAUUUAUACAGACUUGCACGGAUGCCUCAUUCAACAGCAUCCAUGCAGCAAAUGUCAAGUUACUCAAUGAGAUCAUUGUAAUUACUAGCAAACAAUGUAAUCAGUCGUGUGGAUGUAAGUUACAUAACGAGAUUCCUUCGCAGACUGAAAUAUCUUUUAUCAUGAAGGUUGUGUACAUUCCCUAUGGAGUUUGCUUUGGAAAUCAUUUCUGUCUAAAUCAAGACUGUAGUGUUGGAGUCUUGUUCUGUUCUCUCUGGACUCACUCUGUUAAAUGUAUAUAUUAUUACUUCCUGAGGACUAUGGCGACGACAGAGGUUCUGAGAAUGGUUAAUGGUUUGUUUUUUUGGAAAAGUGUAAGUCAAAAAUCAGCUUUGUUUUUGCUAAGGUCCUUGACUUGUGCAUGUUCUUCUUGAGGACACACUUUCUGUGUUGUAGAUAAGCAAGUGUUGUAAAUAGUUAUUUUCUAAUCAUUCAUCAGAAAAGCCAGAUCGACUUUGCCUGGACUUCCGUAUUGCUCUCAUUUUCCUCAUUUACUGUUGCGCAACGUGUAUCUUGUAGGAAAGGGGUUUCAUGUUAAACUGUGUAUAAAACAUAACUGAGAUACGCCUGUAUGAGUUAUUAUAAAUAUUUAUUCUGAAUUGUUUACCAGUGAUCAAAUUCACCAGUUAUGCGAGAACCAUGACAUUCAUUCCAAUACCAUGGUAGAAAUCUCUUUUGUUGUUUAGGACUACAGGCAUGAAGGCUAUACAUACUGCUUUUAAAAUUCAUUACAUGGAAUUCCAGCAGGGUAGGAAUAUUUUAACAUUGCCCAUGUUAUACUGACUAUAGAAUAUCUCAUUAUUUUGUCAACAAUGUACCAGUAACUUGCAAUGAACCCAUGCGCGCAGCAUUCCUCACCAGUCCUUUGAGGUGAAGGGUGUCCGCUUCGUGCAGCUUGGGGAGUGUUUUCUAUUUCAUGGCUUAAGUGGUCUGGUCAGCAUUUACGCUAAGUGGAAAAUCAAACUUCAAUAUUGUCUCUAAAUAUGAUCAUUGUAACAUAUGUAUUCAUUUGACCAUCUCAAAAAAUACACGCAGAGGAUUGGGGCUGACAUCGCUAUCUGUCCCAACUCGAGGUCCGAGUCACUAAGAUUGCCGUUAAGUUAUUACAGAAAAACAAAAGCCUUUAACAUUUUUUCAGCUCAGUGGAAUCAGCCUGAUUUUUUUGCGAAUGAUUUCAUUAAUUGUUGUGACAAAGUAUUGAUGUGCCGAUGGUGGAUGAAAUGGUGAAAAUAUGAAGAACAAUUUUCUAAUUUUGAGGGUUUUUUUUUACCUUCAACGAUCCCAUAGCAGCGAUAAUGAAGAGAUGUUUUGUGCAUCUAUGCCCGAGGCACAGUACCAUACUUUUCAUUAUUUAUAUCAAGUUAUGAAAAUGACAUAGCAGAGCUUUAAUCAUUUAGUUUUAAUCACAGAACUCUCCCACAUAAUUAGGUCGGUGCAUGAAUUGAACAAACUUGAAGCUUGUCUCAAAUUUCUCAGAAAACUCUUGAAAUAAGAGAACGUAAUUAUUCCAUAAUAAUUAACGCGUGUGGAUUCAUUCCUCCUGGCUCAGACUGUCCCCCGUCACAGGUUAGGCAUUGGCUUUACGCCGGUUUAUAUUUACCUUUUCAUUUCAUCAUUUUCAUUAUCAAUCUAUACGGAAUGGGACAAUGUUUGAGGGCGGAUAACGCUUGCUAGUGAUUGACUGUUCAUAGUGCUGUCCAUAAUGUGUAACUGCAAUGACUCCGAGCUCCUAUCUUGGUGAAUCUGACUUUUUCGGCCAUGAGGCUCAUUUGACUAGAAACGGGCACAUUUUAUGCCAAAAGUCUGCAUGUAACUUUGUUUCAAAAUGUGCAAAUAUGAAAAGGAGCAAAUAGACGCUGUUUGCUUGGCAGCACAGUUAGGGAAGCAUUUCACCCCCGGCAGGUGCUUUGAGAAUUACAAGCCUUCUCUUUGUCUUUGCACAGAUUUAGUGGCUUUAAAAGCCGUCCAAUCCUUUUGUGAAUUUUCCAAAAAGUGCACAAACGGAGCAUUGCGUUUAGUUUGAAAUGAGGGAGUAUUGUUCCAGCAUACAACUAUCCAUCAGGGCUGUGUUCUGCAGGACUACAAAAGCUGAGUGGCCUCAAAGUAUCUAGCAUGAUGAUGACCAGAGAAGCUGAACAGCUGAGCAGAUGAUGCCCUUUAGGGUGUCACAUCACACACGCAUUACCUCAAACAAAGGGUUCACAUCUGAAACCGAACAGCCGAGCCAAGCCUUAUUACUGCAGACAGAAUAUUCAGUGAAGAAAGAUUGUUUUAAAAAUGUUUGUGGUUUUCCACUCAUGUCAUGAGAAAAGUGUUUGGAGAAACAGUAAAAGAACUUUCAAACGUGUGUGCUUAGUGCAACUCAAAUCAUACUUUCAUUGUUGUUUUUUCUCAUUUUUUUGACCCUUUGACAUUGUAAAGAAUGUACGAGGACUACACUGGUUUAUAGGCCUUAAUGCUUCUUGCAGCUGUAGCAGGGUAAGAAUUUUGAACUUUGUAAAAGGUCUGAAAAGAAAGUGGAGAAUAGUUAUUAAAAAUGUUAUACUUCAUAUCUGGUCAGAACUAUUGAAACUGUUCCCAGUUAAAGACAAUUUCCUCAUUGUCGAUUCAAUCACCCUUUUUCAUCAUUGAAAUUUCGGACUGGUAACUCAAAUAAGAACCAGAUUAUUGGGAGGAUCCUUAAUUGAAAGAGAUUAUUGCUUUGGUCAUAAUUCAGAAGGCAUAGUAAUGUUCUUCAUUGCACAAAAAUCUACAAUGCAUGAAUCAUCAGUAAUAUUCGGUUUCAACUUUAUUUCAAUAUUUCUACGGUAAGGAAACUGUCCCUUUGAAAUUGUUUCAAAUAAAUGUAUUUUUGUACAUCAA